AAAGUGGAAGCCGACGAAGAAUGCGACGAAGGAAUACUCGUUAAGGGAGACGAAUACGUGACCGGUCUUUGUUGUGACAGUAAAUGCAAACUAAUAGCGGGCUCUUACUGUAGUGACAAGAACUCUGACUGUUGUGCCUCUUGUAAGAUAAGACCGGCCGGUAUUGUAUGCAAACAUAAGGACGAACUCAAUUGCAAACAGGAGUCCCACUGUGACGGAGAGUCCGACAAAUGUCCCGAACCGACACCACUGGCCAACGAGACGCCGUGUCUGGAUAGGGGUCAGUGCAGAGCUGGCAAAUGCAUCACAUAUUGCGAGGCAAUCGGAAUGAUGCCGUGUCUGUGCGAGGACUCGAGGGACGCCUGUGUCCGGUGCUGUCGGUCAAACACCACACUCUACCACGCGUGUCGUCCCGUCACCCCCAGAGAUCCGCUGCCCAACGGAACGCCCUGUAAGUUCGGGUUCUGCGAAAACCAGAGGUGCGAAAAGAAUAUACAGGACUUUGUCGAACGAUUCUGGGAUGUGAUCGAAGAGAUUAACAUCAAUACGUUCUGUAAGUGUUUGAAUGGCAUCCAAUUCCCAUUUGGCGAAGAAUAG